CACCAAAACACCCUGAUGCCUGCUGGUUGUAGUUGCUCAGAGCCAGCUGUCCCUGUAUUUAGGAGGAAUAACGUAUCUUGGAUUUAGCAAUACCAGCUGCAAGCCUAUUGUUAUUUGUUAUUUUACUCGCAUAUGGCACUUUUCUUUGAGACUGUGAUUGGUUGAGAAGUUCGUUCGGGAAGCACGAGCUAGUCUCCUGCUAGCAGCAUAGAAGUUUGUUCGCUAACGUUAGCAGUAGCUAACGUUAGCAGUAGCUAACUUACUAGCUAGCGCCUUGUUUGCGUGCUAACUAGCUAAAUAAAUGGGAUACCUAGUUAGUUUUACAACUGCAUGCAUUCAACUGAAAUGUGUCUUCUGAAUUUAACCCAACCCCUCUGAAUCAAAGAGGUGUGGAGGGCUGCCUUAAUCGACAUCUACGUCUUCGGCGCCCGGGAAACAGUGGGUUAACUGCCUUGCUCAGGGGCAGAACGACAGCUUUUUACCUUGUCAGCUCGGGGAUUUGAUCCAGCAUUUUACCCGACUUUGGACUGAAACGAUUGUAUGAUUUUGCAGAACAAACCACUGUCUUUGUCCAGUGCUACGUAGCCAGCUGAUAAGUUUAAUAGCUACCUAGCCUACGUUAGUGAUUCUGCUCCGGAUGCAAGUGGAAUAACCAGUAAUGCAACUGAUCAGCUGGCUCGACCAACAAAGUAGCUAAAUAACUAAGGACACUUUGCUAAAAUGCAGUGGUGGUGAACAAAGCAAUGGAAGCUUGUUUCAAGUCGUUCACCAUGGGUGGUCUUCGGAGAUCUCUGGACAUUAAAUUCAGGGUCCUCGCCGGCUGUUUGACCUGCAGAACAGUGAGUUGUUCCAAAUCACCUAUAAAAUGCCAACUCUCCAAGCAUCAGCCGGUGACGAGGGGGAAAGCAACACUGUUGGGAUCAUGUCCGUCUGCAUAUUUCAUUCGCCAUAGAGGAACUGAGGCAUCCCUCUCCAGUGUGGCUCCUGCUUUUGUUGUGAUGAAAUUUGACAAAGAUGGAAAUGUAACCUCAUUUGAGAAGAAGAAGAUGGAGCUGUAUCAUGAGCUGAGUCUGCAGGCCAGAGACCUCAGGUUCCAACACCUCACCAGCAUCACCGCUAGGAACAACAACAUCAUCAUUCGCAUGGAGGCCUUGAAGGCAGUAGUGACCCCCAAUAGCUUGUUGGUGUUGGAUUUCCGAGGUCUGGGAUUGGAGAGAUGGCUGGUCCUGGAGUUGGCUCCACAGUUGAAUGGGGAUCAUGGAGCUCUGGCCACUCUUUCACUGCCAUUUGAGUUCAGAGCCCUUGAAGCUAUUCUGCAGCACAGGGUAAACACCCUUCAGGCUCGACUGAAUGAGGUUCACCCUGUCAUCCUGGACAUUCUAGAGUCUCUUGUGGAUCCUAAACUACUCUCUGCAGAUCGCAGCAAACUGCAUAUACUUCUUCAGAACAGCAAGAACCUGUCAGAGCUGGAGACAGACAUCAAGGUCUUCAAGGACAGUCUGCUGAAGAUCCUAGACGAAGAGGAGAUGAUCGAGGAGCUUUGUGUCACCAAGUGGACGGAUCCACGUGUGUUUGAGGAGAGCAGUCUGGGCAUUGAUCAUGCUGAGGAGAUGGAGCUUCUCCUGGAGAACUACUUCAUGCAGGCUGAGGAGCUGGGCAACACGACCAGGGAGCUCAAGGGCCUGAUAGACGACUCCGAGAGUGUUAUCUUCAUCAACCUGGACAGUCACCGGAACGUGAUGAUGCGUCUGAACCUGCAGCUCACCAUGGGGACCUUCUCACUCUCCCUAUUUGGCCUGAUGGGCGUCGCCUUCGGGAUGAACUUGGAAUCCACGUUUGAGGAGGACCCCAAGGUGUUCUGGCUGGUGACAGGCUUCAUGUUCCUGGGUAGUGGACUAAUCUGGAGGAGACUGCUCUCGUUCCUGGGUCGACACCUUGAGCCUACCGUCCCCCCACAGAUCCCAACAGUUUGGAAGAGAAACCAAAUCAACUCAAAAGGAGGAGAGGUGAAGAGUGGACUAAGAUGAUAGUUCCUUGUUGCACCACCUCUCUGCUGAGGAAUCUGGACUGUUUUCAUACUACAGUGAGAUUUUCCACUCGUUUAUUGCAGAGGAAUGUUUUUUUUCUCUUCAUAAUCUCAAUAUCAGUUUUUUUGCAAUUGGUUUAAGACUGUUGUAAGCAGUGUUUAUGUAUUUAUUAACAUCCUGGAUAUAUUGUUAUAAUGAAGAACACUGUAUACCUCCAUCUGUAUUCAAGGAUACUGCACCAAUUCUUACUGUCCAAACACAUGGUCCCACUGUUCACCAAAACCACUGUUCAAAUAGUUUUGACUGACUAUACAGCUAAUAAAUAAAGACAUUGAGUAGUGAGCAGUCUCACACUUUGAAAGAACUAAAAACCCAAGGACCUUUCCUGUUUCCGCAUGACAAUGCAGCUAUUCACAAAGCGAGGUCCAUAUAGAAAUGGUUUGUCGAGAACGAUGUGGAAGAACUUGACUGGCCUGCACAGAGCCCUGACCUCAACUCCCAUCGAACAUCUUUGGAAUGAAUUGGAACUCCGACUGCAAGCCAGGACUAAUUGCCCAACAUCAGUGCCCGGCCUCACUAAUGGAAGCACGUUCCCGCAGCAAUGUUCUAACAUCUAAACUCAGCAGAAAAUGACACGUCCUCUCACUGUCAACUGAGUUUCUUUUCAGCAAACUUAACGUGUAAAUAUUUGUAUGAACAUGAAAUUCCACAACUGAGACAUAAAAUUAACAAGUUCCACAGACAUGUGACUAACAGAAAUGGAAUGUGUCCCUGAAUAAAGUGGGGGGUCAAAAUCAAAAGUAAGUCAAUAUCUGGUGUGGCCACCAGCUGCAUUAAGUACUGCAGGGCAUCCCCUCGUGGACUGCACCAGAUUUGCUGUGAGAUGUUACCCCGCUCUUCCACCAAGGCACCUGCAAUUCCUGGACAUUUCUGGGGGGAAUGGCCCUGGCCCUCACCCUCCGAUCCAACAGGUCCCAGACGUGCUCAAUGGGAUUGAGAUCCGGGCUCUUCGCUGGCCAAGGCAGAACACUGACAGUCCUGUCUUGCAGGAAAUCACGCACAGAAUGAGCAGUAUGGUUGGUGGCAUUGUUAUGCUGGAGGGUCAUGUCAGGAUGAGCCUGCAGGAAGGGUACCACAUGAGGGAAGAGGAUGUCUUCCCUGUAACUCACAGUGUUGAGAUUGCCUGCAAUGACAACAAGCUCAGUUCGAUGAUGCUGUGACACACCGCCCCAGACCAAGACGGGCCCUCCACCUCCAAAUCGAUCCAGCUCCAGAGUACAGGCCUCUGUGUAACGCUCAUUCCUUUGAUGAUAAAUGCAAAUCCGACCAUCAUCCCUGGUGAGACAAAACAGCGACUCGUCAGUGAAGAGCACUUUUUCACAGUCUUGUCUGGUCCAGCGACGGUGGGUUUGUGCCCAUAGGUGACGUUGCCGGUAAUGUCUGGUGAGGACCUCCCUUACAACAGGCCUACAAGCCAUCAGUUCAGCCUAUUGUGGACAGUCUGAGCACUGAUGGAGGAAUUUUGCGUUCCUGGUGUAAUUCGGACAGUUGUUGUUGCCAUCCUGUACCUGCCCCGCAGGUGUGAUGUUCGGAUGUACCGAUAAUGUACAGGUGUUGUUACACGUGGUCUGCCACUGCAAGGACGAUCAGCUGUCCUUCCUGUCUCCCUGUAGCUCUGUCUUAGGCGUCUCAGUACAGACAUGGCAAUUUAUUGCCCUGGCCACAUCUGCAGUCCUCAUGCCUCCUUGCAGCAUGAGCAGGGACCCUGGGCAUCUUUCUUUUGGUGUUUUUCAGAGUCAGUAGAAAGGCUUCUUUAGUGUCCUAAAUUUUCUUAACUGUGACCUUAAUUGCAUAACGUCUGUAAACUGUUAGUGUCUUAACAACCAUUUCACAGGUGCAUGUUCCUUAAUUGUUCAUUGAACAAGCAUGGGAAGCAGUGUUUUAUACCCUUUACAAUAAAGAUCUGUGAAGUUAUUUGGA